AUGUAUCCCGACUUGUACAAGGGGCUGAAGCUGAAACUAGAGGACCUGACAGCAUACGACUCCCCUUUAGUGAGUUUCGAGGGAAAAACCGUCACUCCGAAAGGCAUGAUUAGGCUGCCUAUACAAACAGGCUCGGAUGUAGUGGAGGUGGACUUCAUAGUGGUAGACGCAUACUCCCCCUACACCGCCAUCGUAGCCAGACCGUGGCUUCACGCCCUAAGGGCUGUGUCAUCAACCUUACACCAAAAGGUGAAGUAUCUGUCGGAGGGUCGAGUGAAAGAAGUAAUAGAGAACCAGGCCAUGGCCCGGCAAUGUAUGGUGUCAGCCAUCUCGCGACGACCGAGUACUGAGCCCUCCACCUCAGCCGAGAAUGGCUUAUAG